ACAGGAAGGGGCCACAUCCCAAAGUCGAAGAAGCUCCGCGCGGGAGACGGGUUGGAAGGAGAGAUGGGGGGUGACGGGGGAGAGGAGGAGACGCCUAUGGACAUCACUUCUAAAGAGACGCCUAUGCUCGGGUUCGGGCGUGACGGUAUGAGCAGGCAGCGUAUGCUUGCGCUCACCAACCUUGGCGUCCCGACGUCCACGCGCGGCGGCAGUGGCAGGACGGCUCGUGCGCAAGGAGUUUCGUCCGGUGACAUUCUGCCACAGAGGGCCGUGGGUUCUGCAUAUACCAUCGCAUCCUUGUCCGAGCGCGGCGAAAAAGCUCUGGUAGGUGAGUCUCCAUCGCGCCACGUGAAGGCGUCGAACCCGACGAUCGUCGCCGCUUCGCCGAGGGAUGUGCUUCAAUCCGCGCAAGCGGCGAGCGCCGCUGGCCAUGCCGCCACCCUCGGUGUUGGAGAAAGGCGAGAAGAUAGGAGGGUGGAAGAGGCGGGGAGAAAACAGGAGAGGAGGGAGGAGACUCCGCGCGGGGAAGAAGAGGACGACCAGCCUCUGAACGCGAGGAAGAAAAGGUCCCGCCAAGAGGAGGAGUUGGAGGCGAAAUCGAGGCUGUGGGUAGACGGCAAAGCGUUCUGGGCAACCGGCCCCGGACGGAUGAUUGCGGACGCGGUGCAUUCCUGCGCGGACUACUUCUGCGCGAUCGUCAAUGGAGAUGCAGGCGCCAGCGCUCCGCAAGGCCUCAUGAUGCCGCCCCCCGAAGUCCCGCGCGUGCGGAUCGAAGAUGGCGCGCAACGAGAGCCAGCUCUUAGACGGGCGAGACGAACGGAGAAUGUCGUAAUGCGCAUUAUCCACGGGUGGAUAUUCAGGUCCUCUUCAAGGUUCGAUGGUUUCGCCCGCGCGGAGUCCUACGUCGCCACAGAUUACCCCACCGACCUGGCGAGAGCAGUUUGGCAGAGCUUCGAGUGGUCGAGGAUAGUGCCUCCCGCCGUAGUUUACCACACGGUCGCUUUGAAGAUGGACAUCCCAGUGUGGUUCGCCGGGGCAUAUAUCGAGAAUAGGCCGGAGGACGAUGACAUGGCCGCGCACCAGGAGGCGACUGUGAUGCAUCUUGCGUCAUGCUUCCACGACGCGCUUCGGGCCGGGCAGUGGUGGGACGGCGAUAGAUUGUCACACCAGAGACAGAGCUGAAUCGUGGAUGCUUUCCGCCUGCUUCUCGCCGCGUGCGUGUGGAUCAUGCGCAUGGGAGGCGACGAUG